CCACCGUUCACUGGGCGAACCCACACCAACACCGAAUACCGAAGAGUAACCGAAUAUAUACAGAGCUUUCACUAAACCAAAAUCUUUCAUCUCCGUCUCCAUCUCCACUCCCACCAAACCCCCCUAACAAACCAAACCAGAUCAACGAUCGAGAUGGCUCUAUCACGCUUCACCUCAUCAUCCACCGCUCGAUCUUCAACUCUCCUUAAGCCCCUAACCACCGCCUUUCUCCUCCGCCGUCCGAUCUCCAGCGAUACCACGCCCCUCACCAUAGAGACCUCCGUCCCUUUCACCGCACACCAAUGCGAAGCGCCUUCCCGCUCCGUCGAAACCUCUUCCAAAGAACUCCUCACCUUCUUCCGCGACAUGGCCCUCAUGCGUCGGAUGGAGAUCGCUGCCGAUUCUCUCUACAAGGCAAAGCUCGUCCGUGGAUUCUGCCACUUGUACGACGGGCAAGAAGCCGUGGCCGUGGGCAUGGAAGCCGCCAUCACUAAAAAGGAUUCCAUUAUAACUGCUUAUCGUGAUCACUGCACGUUUGUUGGCCGUGGCGGGACCCUACUAGAGGUUUUUUCGGAGCUGAUGGGGAGAAAGGAUGGUUGUUCCAGGGGAAAGGGAGGUUCGAUGCAUUUUUACAAGAAGGGUUCCGGUUUUUAUGGAGGCCAUGGGAUUGUUGGGGCCCAGGUUCCUUUAGGAUGUGGGUUGGCUUUCGCGCAGAAAUACUCCAAGGAUGAAACGGUGACGUUUGCAUUGUACGGUGACGGUGCGGCCAACCAGGGGCAGUUGUUCGAGGCACUUAAUAUUUCUGCUCUUUGGGACCUGCCAGCGAUUUUGGUCUGCGAGAAUAACCACUAUGGAAUGGGAACAGCUGAGUGGAGAGCAGCAAAGAGUCCGGCCUACUACAAGCGUGGGGACUAUGUUCCCGGUUUGAAGGUGGAUGGCAUGGACGCCCUUGCUGUGAAACAAGCUUGCAAGUUUGCUAAGGAGCAUGCUUUGAAGAAUGGACCUAUUAUUCUUGAAAUGGACACAUACAGAUAUCAUGGUCAUUCUAUGUCUGACCCAGGGAGCACCUACCGCACACGUGAUGAGAUUUCUGGUGUGAGACAGGAGCGUGAUCCAAUUGAAAGAAUAAGAAAGUUGGUACUUUCACAUGACCUAGCUACUGAGAAAGAACUAAAGGAUAUCGAGAAGGAAGUAAGAAAAGAAGUAGACGAGGCCAUUGCUCAAGCCAAGGAAAGUCCCAUGCCAGAGGCUUAUGAACUUUUCACAAAUGUAUAUGUGAAAGGUUUUGGAACUGAGGCAUACGGACCAGAUAGGAAAGAAGUUAGAGGUGUGCUUCCUUAAGCUGAAAAUACACACUGUUUUUAAACAUCCCCUCACUUUCCACCAACAAUCUUGACGUAACAAAGAAUAAAAUUUUAAGGGAAGAUGGUCAUCUCUCCUUGCAAUGAUUUUGAUUUUAAACCCUCUAGUUGUAUAGAAUGCCGAUUCUUUUCAAGUUGGAGGCAGGAAUGUCAACAUUUACCUUGUGUAGUCUUUUCGGAGAACCUACGACGCACUAUGAUUGAUGGAGUAUAUUAAGUCUUUUGCUUCUGGAAUAUAUGAAUAUUCAUCUCCUGGUUGUAUGCAUGGAGAUUUUUAAGUUCAUUUAAUUUUCUGUCUGUUUCUGGUCAAACUGUAGGAUUUUGUUGGGUUUGUAUGGAGACCCAGGAUAACGAGUGGGCAGUAUAUGCCAGAUAACUUUUGGAAUUUGGACCACACAAUUAUGGCUGGAACAUGCCAAUAAAAUUCAAGUUUGUGUCUGGCUUUGCUUUCUCUGUGUUA